GCCCAGUGGUAAUAGUGAUGGGGAAAAAUAAGGCUGUUAGUCUCCCUUUGCACAAAUGUGACUUGUGCGAGUUUGCUACAAAAAAUAUCUACAUCUUCAAACGACAUAGGGUAAGAUGCAAAAAAGAACGCAAAAAGACAAAAGGCAAAACCAAGUCUGCUGUCCCUAUGUUUGCCUCAGCAGCUACUGCAAAGGGAAUCACCAUUUCUAGAAUACGACCUAAGGAAGCUACAGCAUCUGACAGCCAGGCUUUACCAAAGUCUACAGAGGGGAAGAGCAGUGAGAACCAUGUACCAGGGAAGGCCAAAAACAGGUCCUACAACUGCUCUGAAUGCGGAUUUGGCACAGGGAAAUCAAGAACUUAUCUUUUUCAUCAAGUAGAGGCUCACGCUUACAACAUGAGCAUUUUUACCUGUGCUUACUGUGAGUACUGCUCAAGGUUUAAACAGAAAAUAAAGAAACAUGUUCAAAUGGUGCACAAGACAGAUAUUGAUUCUGCAGACAUUGAGAUGUUGUAUGAAGCCAAAAAUAUUGUCAAGACUCCUACUCCUAAAUCAGCAACCAACAGAUCUCAGGACUCCUUAGACGGACUCCCAACCAUGGUAAAACCAGAAAGAAGCAACAGUGUUGCUGUAGUGUCCAAAGGCACCAUGAAAAAUUCAGUAGACAUGGAUAUUUAUAUAGAGGAAGUUGUAAGCUCAACUGGUCAUGUUAACUUUAAAUGUAGGAAGUGCGCAUUCAAUAAUCCAGACAGGAGCUUUGUACAAAAACAUGUGAACUCCAGUCACUUAAAUGCCAAGCAGUUUUCUUGCACAUUGUGUGACUUUAAAACAACAAAGAAAAUUGAGUUUUUUGCCCACAAAGCUGAGCAUGGCAAUGCAGGAGAUCAGCCCAUAAAGGCCCAGAUUCAAAACACUGAAGUAAUGGCCAGUGUGCCAAGCCAGCAGUAUGAAAUGGAGUAUUCUAAUUACUAUGAGGACACCGGAGCCUCUGGUGAUAGUGGGUAUGAUCAAGCUUACCAAAUAGAAAACAGUGAAGGUAUGAGGCAGACUAAAUCUUCAGCCUUCCAGUGUUCUGAGUGUGACUACAGCACAGACUUCAAGCCCAAUUAUGAGAGACAUCGCAAUAACCACACCAACUCUUUUGCCAACAAAUGCAAUUUCUGUUCCUUUUCUAGUGAUAAUGAUAGGGCAAUCAUUAGACACAUGGCAACCAGUCACUCCAGCAUACAUGAGGACAUCACUGUGGUGAUCCCUCAUGCUCCAGAAGAAGAAGACGAAGCAGCAGUAGAAAUAGACACCACCAGAGGAACAAUUGACCAAUCAAAUCAUGGAGCAAUGGACCAGGCACAGGUAGAACAGAUGGACUAUGAAAUGGAUGAUAGUAGAGAAUUGACCCCAAACUCAUUAGGAGCUGACCAAAAAGAACAUGUUGUGGCCAAAUAUAGUUACAAACUCCAAACACCUGAUGGAUCAUAUGCAUGUCCUUGGUGUGGCUUGAAGUAUAAAAGAUCUUGGGACUUGGAUAGACAUAUGAAGCUAAAACACAAUAAAAGGAUGAAAAAUCAUCUGCUGCAGAUGUUACAGGAGGAACAGAAUGAUAGUCUUGAAGCAAUGGAGGAUAUGUCCUACCACUCUGAUUCCUCCAACCUAAACAGCAGUGAUGUAUCUAACCAACAACCCUUCACUAUAGAGGACCUUAAAUGUCAACAGUGCAGUUUUGUUGGAAAAGUGCCAAGUGAUGUUAAGAGGCAUUCUGCAGUCCAUUCUGUAGAGAAAAGAUAUAAAUGCCCAGAGUGCUCCAAGCAAUAUAAAUAUGUAGGAGAUCUAAAUGUUCAUCUGAGACGUGAUCAUAAAAUGGAACCUUCAAAUGUACCAAUCUUAAGAGUCCCUAUGGUGCCUAACAGGAAGUCCUCUCCAGCAGUGUUCAAAUGCCCUUCCUGUUCCUUUGCAUCACCAUGGAAAUCUGAGGUGGACCGUCAUUCAAGAAAGCAUAAAGAUAGCAAGCCUUUCCGCUGCAACUACUGCAAAUAUCAGACACACUGGAAAGGGGACAUCAGAAGACACAUGUUCAAACAUCACCCAGCAGUGAUGACAGGUGGUGUCAAAAUUGAAGAGGUCAUAACCAUCCUAGAGAACAAAAUAAAAGAAAAAGGCAGUCGUUCUAGCCAAAUGGAUGUUGAUAGUGAAGAUGGUAAAUACGCAGAGGACUUAUCAGAAAACAAUGACUCCAACCUCUCAGAUCCAAGCAUGCAAAGCGACAUGUAUGGGCAUCUAGAUAAUGAUAAUGAAGAGAGCAAUAUCAGCUCUAACACUGAAACCUCUUUUGGAAAUGAUGGAGCAACUUCAAGAGAAAACUCCAGAAGUGUAUCUCCAUCCCCUUCCAAGGAUACUGUAUUCAAGUGUGAAUACUGUCCCUUUACAACCAAUGCUCCUUCUAAGCUAUCAGCUCAUGUUUCAACUCACACCAACCUAAAGCAGUACAUGUGUCCUGUAUGUGGCAGGAGAGCUAACUGGAAGUGGGAUAUACGUAAACACAUAAAGCGUGACCAUCCCGAGAGCAGCUUGGAUGUUGUCAAGAUGAGUGAGCAAGAAGCAGAGGCUACUAUCAAAUCUUACAUGGACACUAUGCCUGUAGUCAGGAGAGAACACCAUCUAAAUUAUGACCCAACAGCCAAAGAGAGCAAGAAAGAUGCAGAUGCACUGAGUCCAAAGUGGAAAGGAUACAAAUGUGCAGCAUGUGGCUUCAAAUCCAGUAUGCGGUGGACUGUAAGUCGACACAUUAGAACGGUUCAUAAUGGCAAGGCUAUCGAUAUUGUUUAUCAUGCAGGUGAUGAAAAAGGCAAGAAUGACAAAUCUGAUAACUCUACAGAUUCACCCAGCACCUCAAAGAAUAGCAGACAAUCUACAGAAAAAAGCGAUAAACCCUACAUGUGUGCUGAGUGUGGAAAGAAAUGUGCCUUCAAAGCAGAUAUAAAAAAGCACUAUCAUUACAUUCAUCCAUACAUGGAUGUAAAGAUAAUUUAUAUAGAAGGAUCCAGUGGCACAUUGCUCUCUCCAGAAGAACUAAAACCAAAGUCUCAGAACAAACUGGAGAAACUGUCAAAAGUUAAUCCUGCAGAAGCACACAAACCAUUCCGCUGUGGUGAGCCUAAUUGUGAGAAGAGAACCAACAGUCAAGGAGACAUGAAAAGACACUAUAGCUUUAUACAUCCAAACAUGGAAGUCAAAAUAUACUACAAGAAUGAAACAACUCGUAGAAAUAUUGAUGAACCUCUGAGUGGAAAGUCCACACCAACUCCUAAUAGCAAACCACUUGGAUCUGCUAACCCCAAGGUGUUUGGCUACAUUAAGCCAUUCAAAUGCUCUGCUUGUGGUCAUCGCUCAAACUGGAAAUGGGAUUUGAACAAGCACAUGAGAAUGAAACAUCCAAAUAUGCAUUCCACAGUUAUAACACUGGAUGAGGAUGAAGCCAAGAGAACAUACCAUGAUUACAUGAGACAGCUUGCAGCAGCUAACACUGCUAACCAAAAUAAGUCAGUGGAAAAACCAAAAUCACCUGAGAAAGAAAAAUCUCAGAGAACCAAGAUGCCUUCUAGAAGUGUUUUCAAGCAGUUUAAGUGCUCAGCCUGUCCAUACAGGUCCAACUGGAGAAGUGACCUGGUUCGCCAUAUCAAAAGAAAGCAUGGUGUUAUAAGAGCAAAAAUCAUUCUCUUGGGGACUGAAGAGGCCAAAAAGUCGUUAACAGAAUACGAAUAUAAUCCACGGAUCAGAAGAAAUGCUAUGAAGAAUUUGGAGAGAAAAGACUCUGGUAGGAUCUGGAAAUGUGCCAGGUGUAAAUUCAGUAACAAAGACAAACUUCUUGUCAUAAAGCAUCUUUCCUGCCAUGGAGUUAAGGCUUACAAGUGCAACGAGUGCCACUAUGCAACAAAUUAUAGGAGUUCCGCUUUCAGGCACAUUAAGGCAAAACAUGGUACAGAAAAUAUGUCAAUGUGUAAGAUGUCUAUAAAAUACAUUAGAGACAUGAAAGCAGAAAGUGAUAUCAUGAAAGAAGAGGACAACAACUCUGAAAAAGUAGAAGAGGAAUCAGAGGAAAGUGACUAUCUUUCUGAUGAUAAGGAGGACUCCAUGAGGUACAUUGAAUCAUUUAGAUGCAAACUUUGCUCCUUUCAAGCCAGUUGGAGGUCUUCAGUUUGUCGUCACAUUCGUCAAACUCAUAAAACAAAGGAUUACUCAAACAUGAUAGAUGUUGUCCACAAAUAUUAUCAGUCAGAAGAGAAGAAACGAACAAGCUCCACAUCAUCUGAUAAAAUGCCACCACCUAAAGAUGAUGAUGUCUUCAAACAACCCACUGACCCCAAGAAACACAAGUGCAGCAUAUGUCCCUACAGGACAAGUAAACCAAAUCUGCUUCACUUCCACAUGAGUUGUCAUAAACCUCAACCAGGAAUUCCACAGGAAAAGUGUAAAUUCUGUCCUUAUUAUGUUGUUGCAAAGCGCCUGCUACACCAACAUAUGCGACUCCAUCUUCAGGACAUGUACCUGAGACAGAAAGAGGCUGCCAACAUAAAGUCCACACCCACCAAGAAGAUGUCAAUGUUUCCACCACAGUCACCAAGUGGUACACCAAAACGUUACAAGUGUAACAUAUGUCCCUACACAACUAACAGCAAAAAUGACUUCCUUUACCAUAAACAGUUUCAUCGCCAGAAGUCAACCUCUGAGUUUAAGUGUGAUUACUGUGAUUACUGGGUCACACACAGGAGACUGAUCAACCAACAUAUGAGGAUGCAUGAAGCAGCUGGACAUUCCCCAGGAAACGCAAGCCCUGCAUCAUCCUCACCAUGCAAGUCUGACAUAACAGAAUCCAGUGCCAUACAAGACACCGUCACAUUAGCCAUGUACAAGCAGCGCAUGAUCUCUUCUAAGAUUACUCCCAGUAUUUCACAAAAACCAGCCAUGUCACCAAUGAAAAUAGCCUGUUCUGUUGGUAAUAGGCCUGGGUAUGCUCUAAAAAAUGGUGUAUAUAGAAAAAUGCACACCUGUGACAAGUGUCCCUACAUGAAUCUACGUCUGAGAAACCUUCGACUUCAUCAACUUAUGCAUGGAUUUAGGAAGUCCAAAAACCUUUUGCUGAAGUGCCCUCAUUGUGAUUACUAUGUGGGAUCUAAAGGCCUUCUAUCCCACCACCUUAAGGUACAUCAGCCAAGCUACAGAGCAGACACAUCUAUGGACCUCUCAAUGGAGAUGGAGAAUGGUGAAGAGAGUGCUCCUGUGAUUGAGGAAAUGGAAGAGUCCAGCUCAGAUGUGGGAGACAUUUCCUAUGACAAUAAAGUGGACACGCUCUUUGAAAUUGCAAGAUGGAAAAAAUACAGUUGUGAGAAAUGCCCAUAUGCGAGUGCAAAGAAAUCUCACUAUGAGCGCCAUGUUGCUCUGCAUGGCAGUAAGCAGAGAUGCCAGUGUUUGUACUGUGAUUAUAGUGUACCCUCUAACAACCUAUUGAAUCAACACACAAAGCUUCAUAUGACCCCUAACCAGAAUCUUCUAGCUGUACAGUCUCUCUCUAACCUCCAAAUGCUGUCUGAAGUUCCAGCAGAUGUUGCUUUAUCUAGUGCCCUGCCUCCUUUGGACAAGAAAGGAACCUUCUCUGUCAGUGUUACCCAUGAUCAUAUGGACAUGUAUGAAAACUCACCUGAGCUGGACAUAGAGCCAAAGAAAUUGUACCGAUGUGACAGAUGCCCUUAUGCCAAUGUCAGACGAGACCAUCUUCUGGCUCAUUUAAAAUUUCACAUGAUCAAGAGUGAACUUGCUUGUCCAUAUUGUGAUUACUCUGUGUCUAAACAACAUCUACUAACACAACAUAUUGGGGUUCAUUUUUGCCCUUUGCCAGAGCUCUCAAGCUGGCUCGCUCAGAAUGGUGAGAUUGACCGUGUCAAACAAACCAAAAAUCCAGAUCUCUCUGAAGCAUUAUUUGUGGCAGAACUCUAUCGUGCUGAUGGUUGUGGGAAGUCAAACUUGGAUGACACUGGUAGUGAGGACAAUGGGAAAACAGAGACAGUCAAAGAUGAAAAAGUCAAAGAUGAAAAAGAGACAGAUGAUUCAGUCAAGGAGAAUGGUUCAGCCUCUGUUGAUGAAACCACUACUAAGUCUGCUGCACUUGAUGAAACCAGUACUGAAAAAGUAGAAGAGGAACCAACAGAGCAUGAUCAGAUAGAUGACAAGAAGACAGAAAAUACUAAAGAGUUGGAGAGUGUGAUAGAGAAAGAACCAGAGAAGAGUCAGCUGGAGGAAAGUCCUGAAAUCUCCCAGACGGAACCAGAGGUGGCCAAGACCGAGAAGGAAAACUUUGAGUACAUCUGCCAAUACUGUGAAAGGGAGUUUUCAACAUCAGAUAUCCUUGUCAAACAUGAAAUGCAACACUUGGUGGGAAACAACUAUGAGGAGUACCUGUCACAAGUUCAGAUGUUGGCAGAGCUCAGUGAUGCAGAAGAAGAAGAUCUUCUUGGGGAUGAGAUGUCAGAUGAGGAAAUGAUAGAUCAGGAGGAAGAGGAAGAAGGAGAGGCAGAUAGCAUGAUGGAUGAUGGACAUGAAGAAGUGGAUGAGGAGGUAUCCUUCAAGAAAGACUCAACUUUGGAUAGUGUAGAAGACAUAUAUGAUGAUGUGGAUAUGAAAGAAGAGGUUAAAAGCAAUGAAGUAGAGGAGGAAGAAGAGAUAGAGAAUGAGAAAACUGAGGAGAUAAAUGAAGAGGAGAAAGAAGACAGUGGACAGAGUGGAGAGUUAUAGUGGUAGAUGAUGUAUUAGUGACUGAGGAUUCCUGAGUAUUAAGUCCUAUCUGAGUGUGAACAAUAAGUUGUAAAUGAACAAUGUGACUAUAAACUGUAGGAAUGGAAUAGUACUGAAAUGAAUUACAACCAAAAAAUUGUUUUCUUGAAAAACAUAAAAAAAAAGAAAUGAACUAAAAAAAAUCAUGUAAAAGUAAAUUUAAAGUAAGCUGUUUGAAUAGAAUACAUGUAUAUUCUUUGCCAGCACUUAGUGCUUUGUACAUCUACAUUUGAAAAUAUUUGAAUAUAAAUCAAUGAGGAUGUACUUUCUAAGUACAGGUAUUUUCAUUUUGUGAGCGAUUUGCAUACGACAAUUCCUAUGUGAAGAUGUGAUCAAAUAUUUGUAUAUUUAUUUAGUCAUGAUUUUUUUCUUGUCUUAAUUACCACAAAUACUGCUACUGGAUGUAUGUUAAUCAAGAAUUCUUUCUUAUUUUUAUAUAGAUUAACUUGAAUGUUUGAUAAUGAAACGCAAGGUUCUCUUCUCUAAAACUGUAAAGACUGUACAAGUUUUCUUUUUCUACAAUCAUAAUUUUUUUUUAACUUUAAAGUUUGAUAAUGAAAAGUAAGAUUUUCAAAAG